GUGAGUGACAGACGCUGUAGCUGUAGUGGGGGAAGGGGUCGCCGGCUGAAGUUGACGGAACCGCCAUCUUGAAAAGUGCCCUCCGAUGAUCUACCUUUUCGCGCCUGUCAGAAUCAGUUUUAAAAGCUUUAUUUUCCUUUACGGAAUUUCGUGUUUUUUCAGUGUUCGUUUUGUUAAGGCCUGGGGCUAAUGGCAAGAUAAGCUACAUGCUGGAGACUCGCCGUUUACCGCUGACUAUCGGUGUGUGCUGUUGAACUGCUGUAUGUGUGCUGUUUGUCAGUCUGUCCAUCACCGCUGUCUGCCUGCCUGUCUGUCCAGCUGGCUAGCCUGGAAUGGGCCACAACUCCCAAAGACUAGAACACACCUCUUUUUAACCUGAGCUCCGCCAUCUGGACUCUAACACUCACAGAGCCAACAUGUUUUGGAAAUUCGACCUCCACACCACAUCCCACAUUGACACGCUGUUAGAGAAGGAGGAUGUGACGCUGACAGAGGUGAUGGAUGAGGACGAUGUCCUGCAGGAGUGCAAGGCCCAGAACCACAAACUGGUUGACUUCCUGCUGAGACCACAGUGCAUGGAGGACCUGGUCACCUUCAUCACAUUGGAACCCAGUACUGAUGUUGAGGAGAAGGUUAAAUACAAGUAUCCCAACAUAUCAUGUGAGCUGCUUACAUCAGAUGUGGGCCAGAUCAAUGACAGACUGGGAGAAGAUGAAAAACUGCUGAUGAAGCUGUAUGGCUUCCUCCAGAAUGAGCCACCUCUCAACCCGCUCCUGGCCAGCUUCUUCUCCAAGGUCCUGUCCAUUCUUAUAGGACGCAAGCCUGAACAGAUAGUGGAGUUUCUGCGGAAGCAGGAGGACUUUGUAGACUUGAUGAUCAAACACAUCGGGACAUCUGCCAUCAUGGACCUGCUGCUCAGAAUGCUCACCUGCAUCGAACCACAACAGCUACGACAGGAUGUACUCAACUGGCUGAAUGAGGAGAAGGUGAUUCAGAGACUGGUAGACAUGGUACAACCAUCUCAAGAUGAGGAUAGACACUCCAAUGCCUCCCAGUCACUGUGUGAGAUCAUCAGACUGAGCAGAGACCAGAUGUUCCAGGUCCAGGGCUCCUCAGAGCCCGACCCACUUCUGGCCACACUUGAAAAGCAGGAGACCGUGGAGCAGCUGCUGUCAAAUAUCUUCGACAAGGAGAAGAAUGAAUCAGCAAUUGUCAGUGUUAUCCAGAUCCUCCUCACAUUGUUUGAGACAAGGAGACCAGCGUUUGAGGGUCAUAUGGACUGCCCCCCUGGAAUGUCCCACCCUUCAUUCUCAGUCAACCACAGCAUCCUGGAGGCUGUGAGACCCCGACUCAAAGACUUUCACCAGCUGCUACUGGAACCCCCAAAGGCGAAUGUGAUGAAGACAACGUGGGGGGUGCUGGACCCUCCUGUGGGCAACACCAGGCUCAAUGUGGUCAGACUGGUUGCCAGCCUGUUGCAGAGCAACACACACAGCAUCAACACAGAACUCAUUAACCUCAACACACUGGGAGUCAUACUAGAUAUGUAUUUCAAAUACAUCUGGAACAACUUCCUUCACAUUCAAGUGGAGAUCUGCACAGCCAUGAUUCUGGCUAUGCCCCCGGCCCCCACUGACAUCCAGCCAGACACAGAGCAGGAAAAUGCAAGGGAGAGCAUCCUCAUCAAACAUCUGUUUCAAAAGUGCCAGUUUAUACAGAGAAUCGUUGACGCCUGGAGCUCCAAUGAGAAAGAACAGGCAGAAGGUGGUCGGCGACGAGGCUACAUGGGUCACCUCACCAGAAUAGCCAACUCUAUAGUUCAUAACUGUGACAAAGGCCCUAAUGGACCACAGAUACAACAGCUCAUCUCUGAGCUCCCAGCAGAGGACAGAGAGAAAUGGGAGUCCUUUAUUUCUGGGCAGCUGUCUGACACAAACAAGAGAAACACUAUUGACCUGGUGAACACCCACCACAUCCAUUCCUCCAGCGAUGAUGAGGUGGAUUUUAAAGACAGUGGCUUUCACCAGGACUCCUCUCUACAACAAGCCUUUUCUGAUUAUCAGAUGCAACAAAUGACGUCCAAUUUUAUUGAGCAGUUCGGCUUCAAUGACGAAGAGUUUGCUGAUCAGGACGAUGUUGUGGAUAUUCCCUUUGAUAGAAUAUCAGACAUCAAUUUUUCACUGAAUACAAAUGAAAGUGCAAAUAUAGCUUUGUUUGAGGCACGCUGUAAGGAGAAAAUCCAGCAGUUUGAAGAUGCUGGUUCAGACGAGGAAGAUAUCUGGGAUGAAAAAGAUGUCACCUUCGCACCAGAGGCCCAGAGACGCCCCAGGAGUUCAGGCAGCACGGACAGUGAGGAGAGCACAGACUCAGAGGAGGAGGAUGUGAAGAGAGAUCCCUUUGAAGCUUCCAACCCCAGCACCGAUGACAGAAUGGAGGUCGACACAGGUCCUGUGUGGACGGCCAAUUUUGAUGACAUCCCCAUGGACACGGGUACGUCCACAGCUCCAGCCUCCAGCCCCAACAACCCUGCUGCCUCCUCUCCUUUGUCCCCCUCUUCCACAGAAGACCUCCCGGAGGCAGGCUGGAGCAGCACUCCCCCUGCCCCCUCCAACUCUGAAACAGGCUGGGCUGAUUUCUCCAACUUCACCCCUGUCAGACCCAAAGACCCUCUGAGGUGCAACUCUCCUGUUGCUAUGGAAACCAGCAUAGAGACGAUGGACCCUCUGGGGGUCAAUGCGCCCAUGCAGCCUGAAGAUUGUGAUGGCUGGUUGGGUACCAGUGUGGCUUCUCCCUCCUCCACCACACCAAAGGAUUGUGGGAGACCUAAAGCGGAGGAGGAAACAGCUUCUAGUGAGCAGCGCAGCAUCACAGAAACGGUCAUCAAUGGCUCCAUGAAAGAAACGGUCAGCCUCACCGUUGACGCCAAAACUGAGACUGCCGUCUUCAAGAGAGUUUUGAAAUCUUAUCGUGAUGAAGAGAAGAGUGCUUCUUCUGAGAAAUACUCCGUAGUGGAGUGUGGGGAUACAGAGAGAACGGGCAUCAACAGCUCAGCCGCAGCCUGCUGUCCCAAAACAGGCAGUGAGAAGCUUCCCAAUGGUCCUCUGGAGGAAAUGUCAGCCAUAGAGGAGGCCAAACUGGACCAGAGUGCCGUGUCCUCAGAGCCAGCUGUAAAUGGGCCGGCGUGAGGGUCGCCUAUGCCAGCCAAUGUCCAGCCUGUUCUGCCAUGCAGGGCCCUCCUCCUGGCCAGCCAGCGGAGGCCACUGCUCAGAGCUGUACCAAUCACACGCCCCCACCAGGACCAGCAAUACUUCCAUUGGCUCAUCACUGACAGACAGACAGGUGUACAGAUACAGGAUGAACUGAAAAGCAAAAUGAGAGACAUACUCAAAUGGAUACAGAAUAAUUUUUUUUUCUGCAUUUGUUUAUAUACUAUUGUUCUUAUGAGGUGAUAUGCGACUGAUAUCUUGCCACUCAAAAUUAAAUAGUAAUGUUGCUAUAGUUAAAGAAAUGAUUGUAUGAAUAAAAUAUUUUAUAAAAAGAAAAAUGUAUACAGAAACAUAAGAUGAAUUACCACAGAAACAGGAAUAGCUGAUUGGUGUCUCAACCAACCACUAAGCUGUUGUCACUGGCUGGAUCUGUUAUCCUGCAUACUUAAUACAACAGUUGCUAUAUCUAAAAUUCUCGCCCACAAUUGGUCUGUGUCUCCGAUCUACAAAUUGAAACACAUUUAAAAGAAAACACACUUAGUUUUAUUUUUGCUGCAGGUAUCAUUUGUAAAUGUUUUUUCUCUUGUAUUCUUCUGCGUUGAGUAAGAUUUGACACGCUUUUUUGAUAUUUUUUUUUUUUAUUUAUUAUGGAAGUAAGAUGAUGGUUAUGUUUUGUUCCGAAAGAGCCAUACCAACACACCUUGUCCCCUUCUAGCAGGCUGCAUUCAUGCUACCUGGUUUCCUACCUCGCAGCUAGAAGGCCCAACAGGAGAGAGAGUUUGUCAUCAGCGCAGCUUAAACUGGGAGCUGUAAAUGCAUUCUGAGCUUGUGUUUUUAGACCUAACUAAACUUCUUUAGAACCACACUUCUCGUCUUUGGCCCAAAAAUUAUUAUUUUUAUAUCUGAAGUUCUUUUAAGACCAGUGGUUCUCAACUUGGGGGGUCUCCCUUUAGAUCACAAUCACACUUUGCAAAUUCCAUUGCAGGUUGAAGAUGCAUGUGCAGCACUGUGAUUUUCGUUGGCUACAGCAUUUUAGAGAACUUGGUAGGGAAGUGAAGGUUGGCUGGAGGACAAACUACACACAGGAACAUGAAAUUAUAUGAUGAGUUACCCUCUGAAAGAUAAGCCAGUGCCCAUCAUGGAGCUACGCGUGACAAGAAUUUCUACCUGAAGAGAACUAAGUUACAGUUGUGGUAUGGACUGCUGAUCAAGUGUUUAUUCUUAGACUGCGCUCAGGCUGACAACAGCACAGCACCUUUCUUUUCACGGUGGUGUUAGCAAAUGUGGGGUGCCGACAGAAGGCUCGGGCCAGGAAGUGGCUCAGUGUUUGCUGUAAGCAUUGACAUCUGACAAUGCACCUGUUGGCCAAUGAAAAUGUGCACAUUCCUGGUAGAUUACUUUAUAAGGUGGAUGGCUUAAGUCACUUGUUUACCUGCUAAUUGUUAAAGGAUAGAAUGAUUGCCACCGUGAUGACUUUUAGAGUUGUAAAAGCCUUCCUGAGAAUAUGCUGUGCAGUGUUUAGGCGUUCGGUAAGCUUUCACUUAAACUUCCUGCAUUGUAUUUUGUCUUGUCCCACCCCACCAGACCUCAGUGUUUAAAUCCAGGAAGUCCAGUUUGAGUCUGAAGCUUUUUUAGAGCUUUUGUCAGUCUGAACACAUCCUUGUUCCAGUUUUUUUUCUUUGAAUCACCACCUUUAUUUACAAAUCCGUCUUCAUGAGGCGAUGGAUUGACUUGGACAUUUGACCUCGAACUUCUCGAAGAAACCUAAAACCUUUAACGGUUGUGUUGGGACAUAUUGUAGUUACCUCUGUGUAUCUCUCUAUAUGGACUUUUAGCUAUGGUUUGGUCUUCUCCAUAGCUUGAGAUAAAUGUCUGGCUUUUGAGCAGCCAGAUGCUUAACUUUCUUUUCUUAACAUAAAUAAAGGACCAACUUUCGCGAUAGGCCAAUUGUUGGUCUGCUGAUUAAAACAAUGAACAUAAUCAUGACUGGCACCAGAUCUGUUGCAGCAUUACUGCUAAAUAUCCGUCCAUAUUAGGUUUACUUUACCGAUGCAUCUACCUGCAGCUGGGCUUUACAUAGUAUACAUGUUUUUAGAAGUCACACUCCUCUGCAGCCUUACUUCUUUCUAUGGAACCGCUUUCUUUCCCCUCACCAAAUGUCUUCUUUUUUUUUUCUCCAUCUUGUCAAUAAAUGCUUGAGUGGUUGGGAUUUGGUUCCAAAAGAAAAUGUAACUCAAAGUUUUCUGUUACAGCAUUGGACGGGAAACAAAGCUAUUUACAGAUGAUGGUACAACCCACUUUUUUUUGUCAGAUUAAUUAAAUUUCAUCUUAAUUUCUAAA